AUGAAAAAGAGCAUGGGUACCUUCCAAAUGUGGGCCAGCGGCUUAACCGAUCAAACUGUCGACGAGAUGAUCAAAACCGACGCCUUCAAAUCCACACCCGGGUCACGAAAAUACAACACCGAGAUAUCACGUUACCGCAACACUGUCCUCGAAGCCGUGCUGAGCACUCGAACAGUGUGCCUGAGCAGUACUAUUAAUUCCAUGCAUAUUAAAAACUACCCCACUUCAACUCCACACCUGCAUAAGGUCGUCUUCGCUCCGGCGUUCCAGGGACCCCCGGUGCUGGAGGAAAUUACUCAGUCUCUAGAGGGUGUUUUCAGUCUAUGGUGA